UUAUACUGAGAGAGAACGCCUUUAUCAGGUCCUACGGUCUUUGCCUUUUUUUCUUUCUAUUCUUACUCCAACUAUUGGUACAAUGCCACCUAUACCAGACACCUUUAUGAAAUAACUGUCUUUCCUUAUCUGGAAACGAUCUGUGAACUGUUGAUUGCGCUGGAGAGUUUCCCAUCUGUUGCACAGUAUGCCCAAUACGAAUAUAACCACCAUCAAGCUGGAAGCCAUGCUGGUGGAGGGCCUUAAGGCAGAUCAGGACUUCCAGCAGCAGCUGCAGGCCCUGAAGGAAGCCCACCUGAAGCAGCUCCAGGAGACACAGAGGAGGCAGAGUGAGGAGCUGGCGAAGAGGAUUCACAGAGACGCCCUGCUCUCUACGGACAAGGAGGACAAGUCUGAGGAAGAACGCAACUUAAACGGGAUCUUCAGGCCGUCAAGUCUAAGGAGAUCCAGUUCCACCUCUGUCCUGGCUUCAGGCAAGGGGACUCCUCCAGAAAACCAGCCGUUAAGAAGACCUACCCUAUCCUCUCCGGCCCGGGUCACCUUCCUGACCGGUACCACCCCUAGCAGGACGCGUCCCACGCAUCAGACCUCCCUGUCCGUCACACAGUCCUCUUACGAGCAUAAAGAGCUGGCGUGGGAGGCGGAGUGCCAGAAGAAGUUCCGCGCCCUCCCGGUGCCCAGACACGUGACUCUGCCGCUCUAUCGCCAGAUGACAGAGCAGCAGGAGACCAGGAGGAAGCAGUGCCUGGACCAGAGGAAGGACUUCCUCCUCUCCUCCCAGAAGCCCUUCUGCUUCCAGGGGAGGGAGAGACAGAGGAGAAAGAAGAUGACGGCAAUGUUGAGUCAAGUCGCGCUGGGUCAAGCGUCAGACUUGCAGAAACUGUCCGCAUCCACCGCCGCUGCUGGGACCGCUGCAUCAGUCAAAGAGGCAAAACAGGCGGGCGUUUCUCCUCCUGGCACAAAUGAGGAGCUAGGCAAAAAGACCAACCUCGGCCCUCAUGGUGGGAACAUUAAGAAUUCCACAGCACCGAACAAGACCAGAAACGCCCCGACCAGCAGCUCCAAACCGCGUUGCUCUGACCAGACCAAAAAGCAAAUGCUGGGUUUUCUGGACGAGAAACCCAGCUUCCAGCCCCGGAUCAGCCAGCAGGUCCCUGACUUCAGCAGCCGACACAAGGCCUUCCAGGCGGCGGUGCUGAGGAAGGCAGAGAUGAGAGACUCCACCAAGUGUCAGCCCUUCCAUCUGCGGACCUCGACGCUCCCUAUGAGGCAGAGCGCGGCAAAGCCGGCUAACUCACAGGAACCCAAAGUAGGAUGUAAUUUAAGGAAAAGCAAGUCAUUUGGCUGCUUAACCUCGCUAUCAACAGAAAUACUCCCCACAUACAUCAGCGACGCCACAAGAAAGCGUGGGAUGGCCAUCAGAAAAACAAUAGAGAUGAACGAGAGCAAGAAAGGGCAGAGUGCCGAUUGGAUGAGAUCUUUCCAGAUGAGAUCCCAAGCAAUGCAGAAGACGGUCACUGUACGCGCAAAGGUCAUUGACCCCCACAGCAGCCUCAAGGACAUGUCCCAGGAGCAGCUCCAGCGACACCGGGAGGCAGACCAGCAGAGAGGGAAGGAAUACUUAAAGGAACUACGGGACAUGAAGGAGCGGGUCUCACAGAGGCCUUACCUGUUUGAGCAGGUGAAACAGAAGCAAGCCAAGGCCCAAGUAGAACGGACAUACAGGAGGAAGCUUCAAGAAGCCGGUUUGAACGAACGUUUUGUUGAAGCAUCCUCUUGAUCAACAUGUCAGAGACAGAGACACUUAAACACUGAAGUGCACCCGAAGAGGAAGAGCAAGACCUCAGCCACGACCCGGACGCCCAGAGCAGGUGCACGGCACCAAGCACACGUCUUUCGUUCCUCAAAAAAACGGUUGAAGCUCGCUUGUUUCAAAGGGUAAACUUGGACAUUUUCCCUUCAAACAGCAUGUUGUACCACGGCGUCCGGGUAGUACACGAAUAGCAGCGGCCCAGAACAGCCAAGGCCUCUGUGUGCCUCGGUCAUGUUAAUGUUGCAUUACGUAACACGGCGGCUCGGCCCCACAGACUACAGUCAAGAACACGCAACGUUCUGAAGCCAAGUCAAAGUUUGAUGUAAUUACACUAUAGACAUUUGGGAAAACCAAACAUGUCUGACUUUAGGGUUGGAAAAUGUAGACGAAGGGAAGAAAACUGAAGACACCGAUGAAAGAAGCGUGAAAUUCAAGGGGGAAGUAAUGGGAUGAUCCGAUGAGGGCUCAGGCCGCCUGGAUGUUUUGUGGCCGUGUCUGCGAGAAAACAACAUGGUUUGCUGAAAUCAUUCAUGCCAAGACGAGCUAACUGCACCAGACAUCCCAUAGUUUGGGAUGUGCUUCUCUAAAUUAUGGACAUUUGGUGUCACCAAAAAGAGGUCAGAAAUGUUGUGGGAGGAUGAACACUCAGGGGUGGAAUUACUGCACAACCAUGUAUGUUAAUAGAGUGGCACUUUAUGAUGAAAUUAUAGUUAUACAUUUUAUAAUUACAAGCAUUUAUCUGUCUAGUUGGAAUGUAGAUGAUAUAUGUUCUGAAGAAAUACAGUAUGUUCAAUCAGAGUAUAUAUAUCAGCGUUUUUGUAUAUUUUUCUUGUUAACUGGUUAACAUACCAAGCAUUGCGGUUUUAAAUAUAAGUUUUAGCUUGGCAACCUUAUCAUACAAGUUUUAAUUCAAUUAAAUGCAUGACUGGAUACCACCAAAAAGUGGUCUUUAUCGUCAUAAGGCCUCAUAGUGUUCUGAUUGACAGUAUAGGAAAUGCAAUGGUACAUUGCUGAUUUAGUUUGCGGUCUUCCCAUACCGCUGAGUCGAAUGACUAAUCAAAUAAAUACCUUGUCAACGGACUGGUCCAAUGAGGACAAACAUCUGAAAUAAAGAUUUUGUUUGAUUUG